AUGACGUCCAGCCAGACCAACAUGGCGUUCUGGCGCCCGGGUAUGGACCGCUGGUUGUCGGCGCCGGUGGGGAGGGCGCCGCCGGAACCGCGCUACGCCCAGGACCUGACUUUCCACGACGGCUGGUUCUGCGUCGUGGACUCAGAUGAUGACCUCUUCUGCUACAAGGCAGAAAUCGCCCCUGCUGUAGCUGGAGACGGCGGCUCUUCGCUUACUAUUCAUCGUAUCGCUUACAAGAUCCGUCGUCACCCCUUGAUGGCCACGACGGAACCCGGGGAGAUCGUCUCUCGCUACGUCCUGCCCUCCGCCUCCGGUGCCGACCUGCUCAUGGUGUGGAGGUUCGUCUCGACGGCGAGGGGGGGCACGUGGCGGUUCCAAGUCUUCAGGCUACAGAAGGCACAGGAGGGAUUGCCGGCUUGCUGGCGCUUGCACAAGAUGAGCGGGCAGGUGCUCUUCGUCGGCCGGGCCUGCUCCAAGGCCUUCGACAUGGGGCACGCCCGCAGCCCGGGCUACAUCUACUUCCUCGACGACGUGUACCCUGGUGGUCCGCACAGAGUCCUCGAGCAGAACCAGUAUCCCUGCGCCGAUGCCGGCGGGUGGCGUUACUCAGUCCCCGAUGACAUUGAGAUCGAGCGUUGCCUGCCAUCGGCGCCCCCCUCCGACACCUCGCCGUGCAUUUGGUACCACCAUCAAUGA